ACUCUGUCGGCUGCUUUGUCUUGUCGCCCAGUUCACGGCGAUCUUUCAGGAGGCGGUCAGCCUAUUCGUCCAAUUUCUGCUGCUAGCCCCAUCCUUGCCCUUCUCACCUUACUCCCUACAGCCCAAGGGCGGACACGCUCCUACGCCUGAGUCCGAGCCCGAACCUGCGCCAGAGCCAGAGCCAUAGCCAGAGACUGACCUGCCUGCCGACACUGGCACUCCAUCCUCCAAGUCUCGCUAAGGGAAACCUUCUUCUCCUUCACCGGGCGGGACAAGCAAUUUUCAAUUACUGUUGUCCUUUCCUGUAUCCUAGACUCCGAACACUGGUAGUGCCAGAUGCCUCUAUCCUCGACUAGUAUCCUAAUAAUAUCAAUCCGUCCUUCAUCUUUUCACGUCCUAGAAAUUGGCAUCUCUUUCCAGUCCCUUUGACUGUCAACCGCUGCUUAGCGCUGUUGGUUUGGCAUGUCCAUCCCACCUUAGCCGUCUACGCCACCGCAACCGUUCAGACCAAGCCCCCGGAAAUUGAUCGCAACGCCUUUCCUCCUCUCUCUCUAUUCCUGCCUGCGACGCUGAUGACCAAAGCUCUCAUCGCACAUUCACUUCUUCUUUGAAUCUGCUCCUUGCAGAGUCCUUGUAGUCGGGCAAGGUGGCUUUGCCGCCGUUCUGCCUGCGCUGCUGGACGCAGCCGAAAACAAGAACCCUUUGGCACCUCGACCGCGCUUGUCACGAACCCCUUCACACGACCACUCAUGAGGAGGACCACGAUCUAGAGACACCACCACCGUCCAUGUCUCCAUCGGACGAGACAUUGGCAGCCGCGGCGGCGAUAUUACGCGGUUUGGCCAGAGGUUCGACUGCCACGUCAACUUAUACCAAUGGCCUCAAGCUCCCGCCGUAUCGGCUCCCCGGCGAUGACAGCCCGGUGAAGAACGAAUUAGAGACUGAAAUCGCGUCUCUGGCACGCCGAAUACACUAUCUCGAGUCCAGGGCCGACGUCCUUGGGCGGUCACUACCUGACACGCCGGGUGAAUUCCACAGUCCUACAUCUCCGCUGUCGCGCUCUGGCGAGCCCCGAAAGUCGUCUGGGGAAUCAAACAAUGACCAGAUAGCACCAGCGGCCGACAAAACGUCCGCAAACUCGAAUCAGUCAAGAAGGGUAAACAGCCUGCUUGCUGCAAGAGAGUCAUUGGUCGCGGCGGAGCCUGCUCGGACCGUCAGCGAGGAUGAUAUCAGCAUACUCCGAGAACAUGUGGAAAGACAGGCGGAACAGAUCAAGAGUCAACGUGAGACCAUUGCCGAGAUCAGUCGUGGGCUACGAAACUCGGAAGAGCAGGCCAAACAAGCUUUCAUCAGGGUGGAAAACGAAGAUGUCUCAAUCCUAGAAAGGGAGCUACGGAAGCACCAACAGGCGAAUGAAGCUUUCCAGAAGGCCCUGCGCGAAAUCGGCGGCAUCAUUACUCAGGUUGCUAACGGCGAUUUGUCCAAGCGUGUCCAGAUCCAAGCCACCGAGAUGGACGACGAGAUUGCCGCAUUCAAAGUGACCAUCAACACCAUGAUGGACCAACUCGAAAUCUUCGGAAGUGAAGUGACCCGUGUAGCCCGGGAAGUCGGCACUGAGGGUAUUUUGGGCGGCCAGGCCCAGAUCAGUGGUGUGCAGGGUAUCUGGAAGGAGUUGACGGAUAAUGUGAAUAUCAUGGCGGCGAAUCUGACUGACCAGGUCAGAGAGAUCGCUACUGUCACGAAAGCUGUCGCUCGGGGCGAUCUGAGUCAGAAAGUGCAGAGUCGAGCGAAAGGAGAGAUCUUUGAACUACAACACACCAUAAACACCAUGGUGGAUCAGCUGCGGACAUUCGCCACAGAAGUGACGCGCGUUGCCAGAGACGUCGGUACUGAAGGCGUGCUCGGUGGACAGGCCCAGAUCGAGGGGGUUCAGGGGACCUGGAAUGAACUGACCAAGAGUGUGAACGCUAUGGCAGACAAUCUUACCGCCCAGGUUCGAGAUAUCGCUAUGGUCACGACCGCAGUUGCCAAAGGUGACCUGACCAGGAAGGUGACGGCUAAAUGCAAAGGCGAGAUUCUCCUGCUCAAGAGUACCAUCAACAACAUGGUUGACCAACUGCAACAAUUCGCCCAGGAAGUUACCAAUCUGGCCAAGGAAGUUGGCACAAACGGCGUACUGGGUGGUCAAGCCACGGUACAUGAUGUCGAGGGCACGUGGAGAGACCUGACGGAGAACGUGAACGGCAUGGCCAUGAACCUGACGACUCAGGUGCGAGAGAUUGCGGCGGUCACAACUGCAGUGGCCAACGGAGAUCUCUCGAAGAAGGUCACAGCCGAUGUUCAGGGAGAGAUUCUCGACCUCAAGAUCACGAUCAACUCCAUGGUGGACCGGUUGAACACCUUUGCCUUCGAGGUCAGCAAAGUCGCAAGAGAAGUCGGCACCGAUGGGACCCUUGGUGGACAGGCCAAGGUGGACAAUGUGCAGGGCAAAUGGCGGGAUCUGACCGACAAUGUGAAUACCAUGGCUUCGAACCUGACGGAUCAAGUGCGCAGCAUUUCGGACGUGACGCAAGCCAUCGCUGCAGGCAACCUGGAUAAGAAGAUCGAGGUCCAAGCGCAGGGCGAGAUCCUCACGCUGAAAGUCACGAUCAACAACAUGGUGGAUCGACUGGCAACAUUCGCCCACGAGCUUCGAAGAGUCGCUCGCGAUGUGGGUGUCAACGGCAAGAUGGGUGGCCAGGCCAAUGUUCACGACGUGAGUGGCCGAUGGAAAGAAAUCACCGAGGACGUCAACACCAUGGCCGAAAACUUGACCGCCCAGGUGCGUGCCUUUGGAGAAAUUACAGAUGCGGCGACGGAAGGCGAUUUCUCCAAGUUGAUCAGCGUCAACGCGUCCGGGGAGAUGGAUGAGUUGAAGCGGAAAAUCAAUCAGAUGAUCUCGAACCUACGUGACAGCAUUCAACGAAAUACGGCCGCUCGAGAGGCUGCCGAACUGGCCAACCGAACAAAGUCGGAAUUUCUGGCAAACAUGUCCCAUGAGAUCAGAACCCCCAUGAAUGGAAUCAUCGGAAUGACUCAACUCACCCUCGACACGGAUGAUCUCAAACCACACUCCCGAGAGAUGCUCAAUACGGUGCACAACCUUGCCAACAGCUUGCUCACUAUCAUUGACGAUAUCCUGGAUAUUUCCAAGAUUGAAGCUAAUCGCAUGGCCAUCGAGGCCAUUCCCUACACCAUCCGCGGAACCGUAUUCAAUGCCCUCAAAUCGCUUGCAGUCAAAGCCAACGAAAAGAACUUGUGCUUGGCCUUCGAUGUAGACAACUCGGUUCCUGAUUAUGUGGUCGGAGAUCCGUUCCGUCUCAGACAGAUUAUCCUCAACCUCGUGGGGAAUGCCAUUAAAUUCACCGAUCAAGGCGAAGUUAAGGUCACGAUCAAGAAAUCCAAAGACCUUAUGUCCAACUGUGCACCCGACGAGUUCCCGUUCGAAUUUGUGGUGUCCGAUACCGGCAUUGGCAUACAGUCUGACAAGUUAGAUCUGAUCUUCGAUACCUUCCAGCAAGCUGAUGGCUCGACCACCAGGAAGUUUGGGGGAACGGGCCUUGGGCUGUCAAUUUCCAAGCGUCUGGUCAACCUCAUGGGAGGCCAAGUCUGGGUCACUUCAGACUUUGGGCAUGGCAGUGAAUUCCACUUCUCCUGCAUUGUGAAAUAUGCUGGUGAGGAUAUCAGCGUCAUUAGCUCCCAGCUCUAUCCCUUCCGCAAGCACAAGGUGCUGGUGGUGGACAAAGGGGUUUCCAAUUUCUUUGAGCGCGUCCCUGCCAUGAUUGAGGAUCUCGGUCUACAGGUGCUUCUGGUUCACGAUGAGGCUGAGGUGCCCGAUCCGGUCAUUGCCAGUGAUGGCAAAACCAAAGCAGCCGACGGAGGGUUCGACGUAAUUGUGAUCGACCAGCUUCAAACGGCGCUCAAACUGCGUGAGAUGGACAAGUUCAAGUACAUUCCCAUGGUUCUGCUAAAUCCGACGGUAUCUAUCAACCUGAAGACGGUUCUCGACUUGGGCAUUGCUUCAUACAUGACGACGCCAUGUCAGCUCAUUGAUCUGGGCAAUUGCAUGAUUCCGGCGCUUGAAGGCCGAUCCACUCCGAUUAUCAAAGAUUACAAGAAGUCGUUGAACGUGCUGCUGGCGGAAGACAACGAAGUCAACCAGAAAGUCGCCAUCAAGAUUCUAGAGAAGUACAACCAUGUGGUCACCGUGGUAGGCAAUGGACUGGAAGCUGUCAACGCCAUCAAAGCCGACCGAUUUGAUGUGGUCCUCAUGGAUGUGCAGAUGCCGGUCAUGGGUGGUUUCGAGGCUACCAGAGAGAUCCGGCAGUACGAGAAAGAAAUGGGACUUCCCCGGACGCCGAUCAUUGCGCUGACGGCCCACGCCAUGUUGGGAGAUCGCGAGAAAUGCAUCCAGGCUCAAAUGGAUGAAUACCUGUCCAAGCCACUGAAACAAAACCUGCUCAUGCAGACCAUACUGCGCGUCGCCUCCGACGGGGUGACAGCCAUGUUUAACAGACAUGCUCGGACCAAAUCGAAUGUGACAGGAAACAGCACUCCGCCGAAUCCGAAGCAGCAAGCGCCACCGCCACCACAACCAGAUUCAUCGUCAACCAUGACUUUGCGGCCGCCUUUUGCGGAAAGAUCCAUUACAACGACAGGGCCCGUUACUUCAGGCAGCGCGGAGAGCCCCUCGGCCGACAAAGACGACGAGGCGGACCCGAUGUCGGUUGUCAAUAGUGUUCUUCUAAGAUCUCAUAGUACAUGAGCUUUGCAUCAGCGCGCUGGAAUAUUCUGCUAAGCACGGGAAUCUUUGGGAAGCGAGGAGCAUUGUGGAAAGCAAUUUGCAUUUCGUAUACUGUGUUUGAUUCGAUCGCGCGUGCUGGACUUUAUAUGAAUUGGAACCGACGGCCUACGAGGGCGUUCCGGUGUGGCGGAGCAACCUUUUCUACGGGCCAUUGUGGACAGGGCUGGGUGUAGACCGGUCUCUUGUAGCACCAUGAAUGAAUCCCGUGUAUCUUUCUGCUGGAGCGGCGCUCCUUUAGUCCAGGUAGUGAUGGGUCCUCAGUGCCGUAUUAACGGACCCUGCUCAAAGCAUUCUCCUGCACUGCAAUUGAUAUUGGUCUCUGUAUUUUAACCAGCAGUCUCCAUCAAGAUGCUCGGUCGUGGCGGACAUCAUCUGACCACAUUCGAGGUUGGAGAGGCGUUUAGUGGGUAUAAGCGACUUCGUGGCCGGGCG